AGUUAAUAAAAAAGCGAGCAUGGAGUUUGAGGAUCAACAGCACAGCGGUGGAAAUGGGACGGGACCGGGUUACGACUCGCUCUCCAACUCGAAUUCAGCUCACCCAAGAAUGCCCGAAAACGACGACGGAACCGGAGAUUUGCCGGUGACGGAGCCGCCGCUGCAGGUGAGGAAGCCGCGCUACCGCGAGUGCCAGAAGAAUCACGCGGUGGGAAUCGGCGGCCACGCCGUCGACGGCUGCGGCGAGUUCAUGCCGGCCGGCGAGUUCGGCUCCCUCGACGCGCUCAAGUGCGCCGCGUGUAACUGCCACCGCAAUUUCCACCGCAAGGAAAUCAACACCGCCACCGCCGCCCUCGUCCCCGUCGGAUACCACCACCACCACCGCGCUCCGGCGGGAUACCUCCACCACUACCUCCACCACGCGCCGCCGCUGCAGAGGCCGCUGGCGCUCCCCUCCAUCUCCGGCAGCGCGUACCGCGAGGAAAUGGAAGAGCUGGACCUGGAAAUGGACACCGCCACCCCAAACAGCGGCGGCGCGUCGAAGAAGCGGUUCAGAACCAAGUUCACGGAGGUGCAGAAGGCGAAAAUGAUGGAGCUUGCGGAGCGUUUAGGGUGGCGGAUUCAGAAGGAGAGCGAGGAAGCGGUGGAGCAGUUCUGCAGCGAGUACGGAGUGAGAAGGCACGUGUUCAAGGUUUGGAUGCAUAACAACAAGCACACUGUCGCUAAAAAAACCCUAGAACCAAACAACAACAACAACAACCAACCAAACCAAGAUCCUCCUCGUAUAUGAUCCAUAUCUAUCUAUCUAUCUAUCUAUCUAUAUCUACCUAUCUUAGUAUAUGUAUAAUAAUUUCAUCAUCAUAUAUAAUUAGUACUGCAUUAUAUUUCAGUUUCCCUUAAGAGUACUAAUUAAGUAUCUAGCUAGACAGCCAGCCCAGAUGUUUUAUUUGUAGGUAUAUGAUGAAAAUCUUAAGUAUCAUUGCUAGCUAGUCUCUGGCCUUGCUGCUGGGAUUUAUGCUUUAAAUGUCUCAAAAUGAUGAAUUUAGGUGUUAUUGUUUCGUAUAUCUAAUCUACCUGUUUCCUUUACUAUA